CUUUCGAACUGUCUUUAAUUUGAUAUGCGUUAGAAGUACUGUUUAUUUCCAAAUCCUUUAGUUUUAUCAACAAAAGACUGAAAUCACCCAGAUUACAAAAAAAUGUUAUGCUGGUUGCAUACUGUAGACGUCUACUCUCGAUGAAAAUAUCUAAACUGUUAACCUCAAUGUAUUGUUGACAAAGUUUUAAAUAGCAAAUAUUAAUGACUAAUUGUAGCUUUAUACACUAUCUGUUAUGUUAACUUUACCGGAAAGCCUCCAUAAUGAACCUUAGCGUAAAAUCACCGAUAUUUCACACAGUCGUGAAAAGUGCAUUGAAAUCAACACAUUUUUCAAAGUCUGUCUUUGGACUGCGAUACAUCUCGUGUACAAAUAUCAGCUGCAAUCAAGCACCAGCACAGGACGGUGGUCAAGGAGCGCCUGCUACAACUGCUGAGUUCAGGAAUAAGUUGCUAAACGGGCCUAAUUUGAAGGAUUUUUUCAAAGACGAACAUUUGAAGCAACAGGACCAUUUACCAGAUGAAGAGGUGGUGCCCUACUUGAUCCAAUCGAUGACUUAUGGCGAAAACAGAAAGGUAUUUUUCGAAGUAUAUGGAUGCCAAAUGAAUGUGAGUGAUACAGAGGUAAUAUGGUCAAUUCUUAAAAACAGUCAUUACAAGAAAACGGAUGAUAUACAAGAAGCGGACGUUAUUUUAAUCGUUACUUGUGCCAUCAGAGAAAGUGCAGAGGAGCGGAUUUGGGGCCGUUUAGAAAGUCUCAAAGGCAUUAGAAGGACAAGAUCGAAAACACGACCUAAUUUGAAAAUCGGAAUACUGGGAUGUAUGGCCGAAAGGCUCAAGCAAAAAGUGUUGGAAACCGACAAAUCAGUGGAUUUAGUUGUUGGUCCAGAUGCCUAUAGAGACUUGCCAAGGCUCUUAGCUUUGACUGCCAAUGAUCAAAAGUCAAUAAACGUGCAGCUUUCGUUUGAUGAAACCUAUGCAGAUAUCACACCCAUACGAUUAAACGAGAAUUCAGUGUCUGCCUUUGUGUCUAUCAUGAGAGGGUGCGAUAAUAUGUGCACGUACUGUAUAGUUCCGUUCACUAGAGGCAGGGAACGCUCGCGCCCAGUCAGUUCGAUUUUAAAAGAAGUUGAACAUCUAUCGCAAAACGGAGUCAAGGAAAUUACAUUAUUAGGCCAGAACGUUAAUAGCUACCGGGAUACAUCUGAAAUCGACUCGACGGAGAAUGUGACCAGCUUGGCCAAGGGCUUUAAAACAGUGUACAAACUGAAGAAGGGUGGUCUGCGAUUUGCGGACUUAUUACACAGAGUUUCAGAGCUAAAUCCUGAAAUGAGAGUGCGAUUUACUUCUCCGCAUCCCAAAGAUUUCCCCGAUGAAGUAAUCGAGGUGAUCCGAAACCAGGCCAAUAUUUGCAAAAAUCUGCACAUGCCGGCCCAGUCUGGAAAUUCAGCAGUUUUGGAAAGAAUGAGACGCGGCUACACAAGAGAGGCAUAUUUGGAAUUAGUGGCUCAUAUUAGAAACCGAAUUCCUGAUGUUGCUCUGACUUCCGAUUUCAUUUGCGGCUUUUGUUCGGAGACGGACGAAGAGUUCGAAGAUACUAUCACACUGAUGGAAGAAGUCAAGUAUCAUUCGGCCUUUGUGUUCCCUUAUAGUAUGCGCGAAAAAACCACAGCCCAUCGUCGAUUCAAAGACGAUGUUCCCCAGGAAGUGAAAAUGCAACGGCUGCAAAGGAUGAUCGAGGUCUAUCGGAGGCACUCAUAUGUAUUGAAUUGCUCAGAGAUUGGUCACACCCAUUUGGUUUUGGUGGAGGGAUUGAGCAAACGAUCUGACCAAUGCUUCCAAGGCAGGAACAAUAAUAACGUUAAGGUGAUCCUGCCGGGAACUGAUCCAAUACCUGCGAAAAAUGGACAGUAUAUGAAGCUUUUGAAGCCUGGAGACUAUGUAGCUGUUCACAUAAAUGCCGCCAGCUCUCAAGUGUUAAAAGGCAUACCAUUGUACUAUACCGGGCUACAAGAGUUCUAUGAAAAGCACGACUGGCAUCAUGCUGCUGAUAGAUUAACUUUGCCUUUCCAAGGCUAAUUGUAAUGCGGAUUAAUAAAUGUGUUUUGAUUA